UCAGGGUUCUCUAUUACGUGCUAAAUCCCUAAACUUCUAUUUGAUUUUGACUUUCUUCCGUGGUUUUGUGCUUCAGAGCAAUCUUCUUGCUUCGCCUUCUCGUCGCCGCCGGACACUGUUGCUUCUGUUCUUCUUCUCUUUUAAGUCUGGUGACGCGUUGGACUGCUAUCUGGUGUCUAGUUUCCUCUGUCUGGUCUUCUCUUCCGAUGCAAAUCUCGCCUUUAUGCCAAUCGCCUCCUCACCAGCUGCCGCAAAACGGUGUCAUGCGACAUUAAGUUUCGAUUUUCAACAUUUAUUGAUUCGAAAAUGCGUCUGACUUUUUACGUGAUCAGACAUUGUUAGUGGUCCUUGUAGCAGCUGAAUGAUUAUAAAGGGUCCUCCACGUCUGGAUCUGUUUUGGGCAUGUCAUGGACAUUUUCUAAACAUAAAAGAAGAGAAGUGCCUGUUCAUUUAGUUUCUAUUCACAGGCUAGUUUCUAAACAUAUGUGUAUGAGAUGGGUUCUCGAGAAAGGCCAUUUUUUGAUCUCAAUGAACCACCUGCAGUGUAUGAUGAUGAGAAGGAUGACCCCUUUUGUUUUCAGCCUCAGAAGACACUCCCAUUUACAAGUCCCCAUGCUCCUGACUUGAAUGUGGCAUCAGCGGAAAUCCAAGGGGUAGUAAAAACUCAGGUCUUUUUGCAUGCAUCUUCUUUCUCUGAAAUUCAUCCAUUUGUUCGGUCUAAAACCACCUAUGUACCUGAGGAAUAUGCUGAAUUGGUGGGAGCAGAUCAGAAAACAAAGAAUUAUUCGUUAUCUAAGCAUGUUAAAGAUGAGGAUAUGAGAGUCAUGGAGCCAAAGGCACUAAGUUCUGCAAAUUCUCAAUUUGUGGAGAGAGAAGAAGGGGAAUGGUCUGAUGCUGAGGGCUCUGGUGAUGUGAAUGUCUGUAGUAAUUUGCUUCAACAAGGCAGAACUUCUGAAGAGCAAGCCAUAUCUGGAAUGGCAGAAGGAUGUGUUGCAGUAGCAGUGGGCAAAGUUUCUGAUGGUCCACCUGUUGAAAAGAGUAGUUACGCUUCUAUCAAUGUUGAAACAGGUCCCCAUGAACAGAAAAUUAAUGGUAUCCAGAAUUCUGAGUGCAUUGUAAAAGGUGAACCUUCUGCAAACACACCAGAUGAACCUAGUACAAUUCCAAAGCAAAAAGAAGUGAAGGGUAUUGAAGCAAUCCAUGCACUUAGGUGUGCAAAUAAUCCUGGAAAGAGGAAGAUGGACCAACGCAAAGAGGAAAUGUUGGGUAAGAAACGUAAUAGGCAAAUUGUGGUUCUUAAUUUGGAAGAUGCAAUGCAAGCAGGUCCUAUUAAAACCUCAACACCAAGAAGGCAGGCUUCCUCAUCAUCUGCUGUAAAUCGUGGUGUAAAGGAAGUCCAUAAUAUUCCUGCGCCAAUUGAUCGUGUUGGAAUAGUCAAGGAUCACAAACAAGUUGACAUAUCUUCUAGUGAAGGAGGCUCCCAUGCUGAUGCUUAUGAACCUAACUGUAAUGGUGAUAUUUAUGAACAAUUAGGUUGGCCUAAGAGGCAAAAUAGUGAACAUGUACAUUCCGUAGAAGUCAAUUUGAAUCAUGUUUCAAGACAGAGUUCAUGGAAACAGUCAACUGAUUUGAGGCAGCAGAAAAAUGUACAAGUUUCUAAUAAGAAGUUGGUAUUGACUGGUCAGAGCUCUAGUGAUAUGAAGCCUGGAAAUAAAAAACAUUUUUCUAUCAAGAAGCAAACUCCUGUGACCACUUUAUCUCAGGACACGUCAGUAGAACGCCUUAUACGGGAGGUGACCAGUGAAAAGUUUUGGCAUCGCCCAGAGGAGACUGAGCUACAGUGUGUACCGGGCCAAUUUGAAUCAGUGGAAGAGUAUGUUAGAGUAUUUGAGCCUUUGCUUUUUGAGGAAUGCCGUGCUCAGCUGUACAAUACGUGGGAAGAAUUAAUAGAGACAGUAUCAAGGGAUACACACAUAAUGGUUCGUGUGAAGACCAAUGAACCUAGAGAAAGAGGAUGGUAUGAUGUGAAAGUUCUUCCAGUACAUGAAACCAAAUGGACAUUCAAGGAGGGUGAUGUUGCAAUUCUUUCAUUUCCAAGGCCUGGUUCAGUUAGAGCCAAGCGGAGCAGUGCAUCUUUACAGGGUGAAAAUGAGCCAGAGAUUACUGGACGUGUAGUGGGUACAAUUAGGCGACACAUACCCAUAGAUACACGGGAUCCUCCUGGUGCAAUUCUCCAUUAUUAUGUUGGGGACUCUUGUGACCCAAGCAAGGUUGAUGAUGAUCAUAUCUUAAGAAAGCUUCAAGGAGGAAGCAUAUGGUACCUCACUGUGCUUGGUUCUCUGGCUACAACACAGAGGGAGUAUGUUGCUUUACAUGCAUUUCGUCGUUUAAAUGUGCAGAUGCAAACUGCAAUUCUACGGCCGAGUCCUGAACAUUUCCCAAAAUAUGAGCAACAGACACCAGCUGUUCCGGAUUGCUUCACACAGAGUUUUGUUGAGCAUCUGCAUAGAACCUUCAAUGAACCCCAGCUUGCUGCAAUCCAAUGGGCAGCAACUCACACUGCUGCUGGUACAAGUAGUGGGACCACUAAGAGGCAGGAUCCUUGGCCCUUUACCCUUGUUCAAGGGCCUCCAGGAACAGGAAAGACACAUACAGUCUGGGGAAUGCUAAAUGUCAUCCACCUGGUGCAGUAUCAACACUACUACACCUCCUUGCUUAAGAAACUAGCCCCUGAAAGCUACAAGCAAGCUAACGAGAGCAAUUCAGAAAAUGUGCCUAUGGGAUCAAUUGAUGAAGUUCUUCAAAACAUGGACCAGAAUCUUUUCCGUACUCUACCAAAAUUUUGCCCAAAACCAAGAAUGCUGGUCUGUGCUCCUUCCAAUGCUGCCACUGAUGAGCUUCUUGCGCGUGUUCUGGAUCGUGGAUUUAUUGAUGGAGAAAUGAAAGUUUAUAGGCCUGAUGUUGCUCGAGUUGGGGUUGAUUCUCAGACACGUGCUGCACAGGCAGUUUCUGUUGAGCGUAGAACUGAGCAGCUUUUGAUCAAAAGUCGUGAAGAAAUUCUAGGGUGGUUGCAUCAAUUAAAGAAUCGUGAGGCACAGUUAUCUCAGCAGAUAAGCUGUCUUCAAAGAGAACUUAAUGUUGCUGCUGUUGCUGUUUGUUCACAGGGGUCUGUAGGAGUAGACCCUGAUGUUCUUAUGGCCCGAGACCAGAAUCGAAAUACAUUGCUACAAAACCUUGCAGCUGCCGUUGAAAGCAGGGAUAAAGUAUUGGUGGAGAUGUCUCGCCUUCUUAUUUUAGAAAGCAGGUUCCGUCCUGGUAGUAGUUUCAAUUUAGAAGAGGCCCGUGCUAAUCUUGAGGCAAGCUUUGCGAAUGAGGCUGAGAUAGUUUUUACUACUGUCUCUAGCAGUGGUCGUAAGUUGUUCUCACGCCUUACCCAUGGUUUUGAUAUGGUGGUCAUUGAUGAGGCAGCUCAGGCCAGUGAGGUGGCAAUUCUUCCUCCUCUCUCUCUUGGUGCAGCUCGAUGUGUUCUUGUUGGAGAUCCCCAGCAACUUCCUGCCACAGUUAUCAGCAAGGCAGCUGGCACAUUGAUGUAUAGUAGGAGUCUCUUUGAAAGGUUCCAACAGGCAGGGUGCCCAACAAUAUUGUUGUCUGUGCAAUAUAGAAUGCAUCCUCAGAUCCGAGAGUUCCCCUCCCGUUACUUUUACCAAGGACGCCUUGCUGAUAGUGAGAGUGUGGCUAAGUCGCCUGAUGAGGCAUACUACAAGGACCCUUUACUUAGACCUUAUUUAUUUUUUGAUAUUAGUCAUGGACGAGAGUCUCACCGGGGUGGAUCAGUUUCUUAUCAAAACGUACAUGAAGCACAGUUUUGCCUCCGAUUGUAUGAACAUCUCCAGAAAACAUUGAAAACUUUGGGCGUAGGAAAAAUCAGUGUUGGAAUAAUUACUCCUUACAAGCUGCAGUUGAAAUGCCUCCAGCGUGAGUUUGAGGAAGUGCUAAAUUCAGAAGAAGGGAAAGACAUAUAUAUUAACACUGUAGAUGCUUUCCAAGGUCAGGAACGUGAUGUCAUUAUAAUGUCUUGUGUGCGGGCAUCCAAUCAUGGGGUUGGCUUUGUUGCAGAUAUUCGUCGGAUGAAUGUUGCCCUUACCCGUGCAAGGAGAGCUCUUUGGGUUAUGGGAAAUGCUAAUGCAUUGGUGCAGUCCGAUGACUGGGCUGCAUUAAUUGCUGAUGCAAAAUCCCGAAAUUGCUUAAUGGGCAUGGACUCUCUUCCCAAGGACUUUCUGGUUCCCAAAGUACCAGCUUAUGCACCGUUGCCUGGCAAGGGUUCUUUAAAUACAAGGAACUUGAGAUCAAGUGGACCAAGGUAUAGAUCAAUGGACUUGCAAAUGGAAUCCAGGCCAGAAACAGUACCUGAAGAUGAAGAGAAGACAGGCACAUCAUCGAGCUUCAGAAAUGGGUAUCAUCGCCCCUUAAGGUAUUCAAGGGAGAACUCUGGAUGAUUUUUAAUAAUCCAGGUGAUAAAUCUAGGGAUGGCUGGUGUUUUGAUGGAAAAAGAGACGUUUAUCCAAAGUUCAUUGGCAAAUUCUCCUCCUGUAUCUUGAGGGAUCCUCAUGGGCGGUGAUUUGUCGAUCAUGUGAUCUCGCCGUGGCAUUUGCCCUCGGAUUGCCAGGGGUUUGUCAAUCUGCCUGAGCUUUAUGAGAGCCAGAUGCACAAGCUUGAAGAAUGCAAUGUGCAUAAAACCAGCCACGUUGCCAUGUUGAUAUGGAGGUAAAAAAUGAGGCAUCUUGCGGUGUCAAGCUAAAAUGGCAGGAGAAAACUCAAUUUUGGAUGAAUAUGGAAAGAGACCAAAUGAUUCCUUUCAAGGAUUGGUGGCAAUGUGGUGUCAAUGACUUGUACAUACUUUUAUUGUUUUAACUUUUAGCAAAUAAUGUGUCAUUUCAUAUUUGAAAAACAUAAGUGUAUCGCUUUGAAAUGAUUAAAGAAAGGAAAUAUUGGAAUUACUGACUUAUUUAA